GACAGCUGCGGGGCCGGACAGCGUGAUGCCGGUGACCUUCGAGGAGGUGGCUGUGUACUUCACCGAGGGGCAAGGGACUCUGCUGGACCCCGGUCAGAGAGCCCUCUACAGGGAUGUCAUGCAGGAGAAUUAUGAGACUGUCACCUCGCUGGGACUCCCCAUUCCCAAACCUGACCUGAUCGCCCGACUGGAAGCAGGGGAAGAGCCGUGGAUCCCGGAUCUCCAGGACUCUGAGGAAAGGAAGAUCCCAAGAGCAGGUUAUGAGACAAUGGGUGAGGGGAAUCCACAGCAGGAAGGUCCUGAUCAAGUGGAACUCCAGGCGACCUUUUUGAGAAGAGCUGAAGGGAAUUUUUCCCAGUGCUUGGAACAGAGAAAUGUCUGGAGUAAUUGCCACAGGUCAGAGAGGAAGCUGGGGCACUACCAAACUAAGAAACUGGAUGAAUCAAUCAAAUGUGGAGGAGGAGGAAAGGAUCCCAAUGAAACCACAGCCCAGCAGACAAAUCACAAAGAAAAGAAAUCCUAUAAAUGCUUGGACUGUGGGAAACGCAUCAGUCAUCACUCAGGGCUUAUUAACCAUAGGACAAUCCACAAGGGAGAGAAACCCUGUACGUGUCUUGAGUGUGGGAAAACUUUCAGUGCACCAUCUGCCCUUAUUGUACAUCAGAGAACCCACACAGGAGAGAAACCCUAUAAAUGCUUGGACUGUGGGAAAAGCUUCAGUGUGAGCUCACACCUUAUUACUCAUCGGAGAGUGCACACGGGAGAGAGACCGUAUAAAUGCCUUGAAUGUUGGAAAAGCUGCAAUCAGACAUCAGAUCGGAUUAAACAUCAGAACCCACAUAGUAGAGAAACCCUAUAA